AUGAAGCUCUCAGACUACCAGGAUCGGUUUCCUGGCGUGAAAUUUAGCCGGCAAGAUGGCAUUCUUCAAGUUACCAUCCAUUUCAACGACGGUCCUGCCGCAUGGGGGCCGAGUGAUGGCGGCUUACACACCCAGCUGGGCGAGGCAUUCCAUUGCAUCGCCCACGACGAGGAAAAUCGAAUCGUCAUCCUUAGCGGGACUGGCGACACCUUUUUGACUGAGUGGGAGCCAGGGGAGGGACCGUCCAACGGGGGCACGACCAGCUUCUGGCACCGAAUCUAUCGCGAAGGAAAGGACCUUUUGCAAAAUCUGCUUAGCAUUGAGGUUCCGAUGAUUGCGGCGGUUAAUGGGCCGGUGCACAUCCAUGCGGAAAUACCUACCCUCUGCGAUCUCGUGGUCGCGUCUGAGAUGGCAACCUUCGCUGACAAACCGCACUUUGUUAGCGGCCAGGUCCCGGGAGAUGGUGCCCAUGUCUGGUGGCCGAUGCUUCUCGGGCCCAAUCGCGGCCGCUCUUUCCUGCUCACGGGAGAAGAAAUUGGUGCGGCCGAAGGAAAAGUUCUUGGAUUCGUGGCCGAAGUCGUGCCCAAGGACCAAGUGUUGAGCCGGGCUUGGGAAGUGGCCCGGAAUAUGUUGAAGCUGCCGGACAAGACGUUGAAGUACACGCGCAUCGCCUUAACGUUGCACAUCAAACGCCGGUUGUUGGAUGAUCUCGGCUAUGGAUUGCAGCUCGAGGGCCUGUCGAUGAUCUCACAGUUCGAGCAAUUGCGAUCGCAAGGUAAAAUGUAA